UGUGCGAGUGUGACAGCGGCUGUGGCUGUGGCCGUGACCGUGGGAGGCUGGCCCGGCGGAGCCCAGCCGCGCGGGGACCGGCCCCGGCGCCCGCUUCCCCAGCGUGUCGCGGCCGCGUGGCCCGGCAGAGCCCAGAGACCAUCCAGCCCCGGCCGGGCGCCGUCGAGAUGUCGGUGGCGGGGCUGAAGAAACAGUUCCACAAAGCCAGCCAGCUGUUUAGUGAAAAAAUAAGUGGCGUUGAAGGAACGAAACUAGAUGAUGAAUUUCUUGACAUGGAAAGGAAAAUAGACAUUACCAAUAAAGCUGUUGCAGAAAUUCUUUCAAAAGCCACAGAAUAUCUUCAGCCGAAUCCAGCAUACAGAGCUAAGCUAGGAAUGCUGAACACUGUGUCGAAGAUCCGAGGACAGGUGAAAACCACGGGGUACCCACAGACGGAAGGCUUGCUGGGCGACUGCAUGCUGAAAUACGGGAAGGAGCUCGGGGAAGGCUCCACUUUUGGCAAUGCAUUGAUAGAAGUUGGCGAAUCCAUGAAGCUAAUGGCUGAGGUGAAAGACUCUCUUGAUAUUAAUGUAAAGCAAACUUUUAUUGAUCCACUUCAGUUACUACAAGACAAAGAUUUAAAAGAGAUUGGGCACCACCUGAAAAAGCUGGAAGGCCGCCGUCUGGAUUACGAUUAUAAAAAGAAGCGAGUAGGUAAGAUACCAGAUGAAGAAGUCAGACAAGCAGUAGAAAAAUUUGAAGAGUCAAAGGAGUUGGCUGAAAGAAGCAUGUUUAAUUUUUUAGAAAAUGAUGUAGAACAAGUCAGCCAGUUGGCCGUGUUUAUAGAGGCAGCUUUAGACUAUCACAGACAGUCCACAGAGAUUCUGCAGGAGCUACAGAGCAAGCUACAGAUGCGAAUAUCAGCUGCAUCCAACAUCCCCAAACGAGAAUACAAGCCACGGCCCAUAAAAAGGAGUCCUAGUGAGCUCAAUGGGGUAUCCACCACCUCUUCAGCAAAGACAACAGGUUCUCACGUUCCCAUGGACCAGCCCUGCUGUCGUGGUCUCUAUGAGUUUGAGCCAGAAAACCAAGGAGAACUAGGAUUUAAAGAAGGGGAUAUCAUUACAUUAACCAAUCAGAUAGAUGAAAACUGGUAUGAAGGAGUGCUCCAUGGGGAAUCUGGAUUCUUCCCCAUUAAUUACGUGGAAGUGAUUGUGCCUUUACCUCAGUAAAUGUGUAACUCAAACUUUGGACGUACUUUCAUAACGGAAAUGAAUUCACACCAGUGUUCUCUCAGUGUGGUGUCUGUGGCAUUCUUGCUCUUUGACCAGCUUAAUGACUUUUGUAUGUGUGUUCUCUUUAUAAUGUAUUUUGUAUCCAUUUAAUUUGUAUAAAUGAUUUUCUUGUCUUAGCUACAUGAAAAUACCAUUUUCUUUUUUUGCUGACUGUCCUAAAAGUCAUUGGUUAAAUGAAUGUAUGUGCUUCUUGUUGCUAAAAAUAAAGGGCACCCAUUGCA